UACUAAUCAGCCGAUGCGAUAGUUGACCUGUUAAUAAUGAUUCCUUAUUCGCGCUCUUGUUGACCGACUCGACUAGCAUGGGCCGACGUCGAUAAAAGGUGCCCCUCCUCCUCCCCCUGUUGUCCGGUUCUCUUCUUCUCCACAACUGCACUUUGCCUGUCUGGAUACUCGUCACCAUGGCCGACAACCCAGAGACCGCGCCCGUGUCCAAGGAGGUCAAGGACUCGGCUCACGUCGAGCGCAUCCUCUCCGGCGGCGAGGGCAUGACCAAGGAUGUCGUCGAUACCAGUCGUGUCGACAAGGAAAUCGCCCAGUAUGCCGGCGGCGAGGCCAUAGUCAUUGACGAGGCAACCAACAAGCGCCUGCGCAAGAUGAUCGAUCGCCGCGUCUUGGUUAUUAUGAUUUGCACGUACUUCCUGCAGGCUCUCGACAAGGGAACAAUGUCGUUUGCCUCGAUCAUGGGUAUUCGAGAGCACGCUGGUCUGCUCGAGGGUAACAAGUACUCCUGGUUGACAACCUGUAUCUACAUCGCCGUCCUCAUCGUCGAAUACCCGACCAACUGGAUCAUCCAGCGUGUCCCCAUCGCCAAAUACCUCUCCGCAAACAUCAUCCUCUGGGGUGCGACUCUCGCCCUGCACUCGGUCGCAAACAACUUCCCCAGCUUGAUCGCUGUCCGCACCCUGCUGGGUAUCUUCGAGGCCGUCUGCCAGCCCUCGUUCGUCCUCAUGUCCAGUAUGUGGUAUAAGCGCGAGGAGCAGGCUGAAACUGUGACCUACUGGUACAUGAUGAACGGUGCCCAGCAAAUCGUCGGCGGUCUCCUCGCCUACUGCUUCAGUCUCAUCGGCAACGACCACCACGUCAAAUCCUUCCACGCCCUCUUCCUCACCUACGGCUGCGCCUCGGUCCUGUGGGGCGUCUUCGUUGGCUGGUGGCUGCCCGACUCGCCCAUGCGCGCCAAGUGCUUCAGCGAAGAGGACAAGAAGCUGAUGGUCGAGCGUGUCCGCUCCAACCAGACUGGUCUGCAGAACAGGAAGUUCCGUGCCUACCAGGUCUGGGAAGCUGCCAAGGACCCCCAGCUGUAUUGCUACAUGGCCAUCCAGAUCUUCACGACGCUGCCGACGAGUGGUCUCGGCGCUUUUGCGAAUAUCAUCAUUACUGGAUUCGACUUUGAUGUCCUGCAGACGCAGUUGCUCGCUAUGGUGCUGGGUUUCUAUAUCAUCAUCGUGCUCCUCACUUCGGCUUUCUUGGUUAAGAAGACCGGGCAGAACCUCUAUGUCAUGCUGGGAUUCAUCAUUCCCUCCUACAUCGGCACAAUCGUCCUCAUGACUGUCGAAAACAAAAACAUGGGCACCAAAGUCGGCCUGCUCAUCUCCUACUACAUCACAUUAUCCUUCUGGUCCGCCCAAAACCUCGGCCUGUCGAUGGUCAGUCGGAACAUCGGCGGCGCAACCAAGAAAUCCGUCUGCAUCGCCGCGACAUUUGUCUCCUGGGCCGUCGGAAACGCCAUCGGCCCCCAGGUCUUCCUCGACCGCGACGCGCCCCGCUACUUCAUCGCCUUUGGCGUUCAUAUCGGGUGCUAUGUCUGCCUGACCAUUGCGGUUAUCUUCCUGCGGUGGUACCUGAGCUGGCAGAACCGCAAGAAGGAGCGUAUGCUUGCUGAGGCCGGGCUCGAUCCCAAUGAGCAGAAUCUGGCGCAUGCGUUUGAGGAUCGCACGGAUCAGGAGAAUCUUUAUUUUAGGUAUAUCUAUUAGGCUUGCUGUUUGAUACCAUGGUUGUGAGAAGCCUAGUGAGGUGGGAUGGUUUUUUUAUGGACUGUGAUUGAGGAGAAGGACUGUGUUUGGAUUUAGGGAAGUUGUGAUUUAAUUAUGAUACCUCGCUUCUCAAUGGAUUGAUGAUUGAUGGAGGAA